AUGGCCGCGCCGUACGACUCGUCUCGUCCGCCGCGCUUGGGAGCGACUUUCCAUCCAGGCGCCGUCGACGACUACCAGAUGCCUGAAGUCAUCUCGCCUGCUCCUCAGAGGGUCAUGCCCGAAGUCCCAGAGAACAUGCAAGAUAAUCUCGCGCACUUCGAGCUCGACGCCUCUGGAUCAAACCCCAACUUGCGCCCUCAACAGCAGCAGCAGCAUUACCCAAGUCGUGGCUCCUCGAUGCAUAACCAAGGAGCAUCAGGCUACUCUGCUCCGGCCUCUCCAUCCUAUCCCCCGCAGCAAGCAUCACAGCAGUACGGCACUGCUGGCGGUGGUAUCGGCGGCGGCUACGACGCCCCUAACUUUUCUCCUUUUCCACCGCUCAUCAACCCGCCUCCAAAUGUGCCUCCGACCGACGAGGAGCGCGAGGCAAACCUCGAACAUGGCCGUCUGGCGGUGCUAGGCUCGAACGAUGCUGAGAUGCAGCUUGCCUGGGCGCAGGAUGCCCUCUCCUACGUUGAGGUAGCCAUGCAGAACGAACUGCGCAACCAGGUGGCCUACCCUCCCCGGCCACAGACCCCCCAGAUCGAACACCAGCUCAAGACCGAUGCCAUCAAUAUCGUCACCUUCCUGGCCGAGCAGCGGCAUCCGCGGGCCAUGUUCAUCCAGGGCAUGUGGCUCGAGUUCGGCAAGUUCGGUUUCCGAGUCGACAAGAAGGAGGCUUUCCGUUGCUAUUCCAGAGCCGCGGAGGGUGGCUACGCGCGCGCAGAGUACCGUAUGGGAAUGCAGUUCGAGAGCUCAAACGAGCCGCACAAGGCUAUCAAGCAUUACGAGAACGGAGUCAGGCUGGGUGACUCCGCCUCAUACUAUCGUCUAGGGAUGAUGAUACUGCUGGGACAGCAUGGCCAACGGCAGGACUACGCCGUGGGGCUGGACCAUAUACGUUAUGCAGCACAAACCUGCGACGAGAACGCCCCUCAGGGUGCCUACGUCUAUGGGAUGCUGCUUGCUCGUGAACUCCCUCAGGUCUCCAUCCCCGACGAGUACCUGGCCCACGACCUCGUCAAUGCCCGUAUCAACAUCGAGAAGGCAGCCUAUCACGGCUUUGCAAAGGCUCAGGUAAAAAUGGGCUCCGCGUACGAGCUCUGUCAGCUCGAUUGUGAUUUCAAUCCGGCCUUGUCUAUCCAUUACAACGCCCUGGCGGCCAGACAGGGUGAACCAGACGCCGAGAUGGCCAUCAGCAAAUGGUUCCUAUGUGGACACGAAGGCGUGUUCGAGAAGAAUGAUGAACUUGCAUUCACCUAUGCCAAGCGGGCAGCCCAGUCAGGCCUGUCAACUGCCGAGUUUGCCCUUGGUUACUUCUACGAGAUUGGCAUCUACACCGCUGUCGAUAUCAAGGAAGCUCGAAGCUGGUACGCCAAGGCAGCUGCCAACGGAAACAAGGACGCGUCAGGACGAAUUGAAAGCAUCUCUCGCUCCAAAACACUCUCCCGUAAGGACCAUGAAAAAGUUGCCAUCCAGCGCAUCAAAACACAACGCACCCAGCAGCGCUUUUCGCAGCAGUCCACCCAUCUUCAGCAAGGCAAUCCCGUACAGGACACCCUCGAGAUGCCUGAUCCAUCCCGUAUGAGCCUCCACGACCCACCGCGGUCAAUGUCAGCGGCACCAUACCCAGACGGCCCGCCAUCUGGACGAUAUGGACCAGCUCGGCCUGGCCCAGGUUGUUAUGUGAUUCCUUGCCAUUUUGGUUGGGGGAAAAAGGGGUCAAAAAAUUGGAUCGAUGUUCACUAUUCAAAUGUCGUUGCAAAAGUCGAUUUGCCACGUUGA